GAAAGCUAUCUUGUGUGUGGUCAUAUCAUAUUGAACUAACACAGUGCUAGUACCGUACGUAGCUAGAUCUACAGCUGUUCUGUAUGCAUAUCGCUCGUGUAUCUGCUGGCAAGGUCGAGUCUGGUCAGGCUAUUUGAACUGUAAAGUGUAACUCAAGCGAGUGUACAGUUUACAUCUUCAAGAAAAUUUAAAAGAGCCAGUCAUGUCUGAAAAGAAGAAUCGAGGAGGUCCAUACAAGACUACACCUGCCACUGAUCUGUCAAGAUGGCGGCUCACUAAUACGAACGGUCGUCAAACUUGGCAAUACUACCCAGAAGGGGAAGAACCUGGACGGCCUCAAAAUUUUGUUGAAAAGUUCUCCCUUGGCCUAGACAUCGAUGAUGAAGCCCCACCACUACCCAGAGCUAAGACUGCUGAAGAAGCUGCUAAGAAUGGUAUGAAGUUUUACUCCAAGCUACAAACAGAAGAUGGUCAUUGGGCGGGCGAUUACGGUGGUCCACUCUUUCUUCUACCAGGUUUAGUCAUCGUGUGUUUCAUAACCGGUGUAGUCCUCCCUGAUGCGUCCAAGAAGGAGAUGGUGCGUUACCUUCGAUCAGUUCAGUGCCCUGAUGGCGGCUGGGGCUUACACAUUGAGGAUCAUGCUACUGUGUUUGGCACAGCAAUGAACUACGUGACGAUGAGACUACUGGGUGUCUCAAAGGAUGAUGAGGAUCUCAAGAAAGCAAGGAAACUUCUUCUAGAGAUGGGUGGUGCUGAGAGCAUUCCAUCUUGGGGCAAGUUCUGGCUCUGUGUUCUCAAUCUUUACAAAUGGAGGGCAUGCACUGCUUGUUUCCUGAAAUAUGGUAAGGAAAAAAAAAGGGUCCUGGGAUCCGCUUCACAAUGCCUUUUUUUUAAUGACAAAUGACAAAAAUCAGUGACA